GCGUUUGAUUGUUGCAAGGCUCAAUGGCGGACAGAGCAGGAUAGUCGCGUUAGCAGUGAGGACAAUAACAUCUCGAUUAAGUGAAUAACCCCCUCCCCGCCCCCCCGCUCUGCAACGUUUGAGACGGGUUCUUUCGUGCAGUCGCGAUUAGUACAAAGUCGCCGCGGCAAUUCUCCGCUUGUCCGUCUCGCGUUCUUGGGUUCCCAUCCCAAGCGGAGAAGUUAACACCGUUCAUGGUGGCUCACUGAACGCUAGCUAGCUUGCGAGCAAACCAUGGAGGUCUCCCUUGAGCUGAUAGGAAAGCGUCUGCUUUUGCUCCUCGACGACGGCAGGUCCGCCAACGGAUCCGAGCCGGAGCAGGCUGCGUGGACCCGGGACUGGCUGCGGGGAAUCGUGCGGGCGGUGAGCGUGAUCGGCCUGCAAGUCCCGGAGGUUAGCGGAGUAGAGGCGACAACAACAACCACUGCUGCAGGGCUGACGGUAUUUGUGGAGUUUGAGAAUGCUCCGCAGAGCUGUUCGUGGGUGCAGGUGUUUGACAAGGGGGUGAAAGCCGUGUUGGUGGAAGACUCUAUCGUUUGGGCCAGCCGAAGCGAUGGGAGUACUGGGACUGCUGGAGCACCGGCAUCGUCCACGGCCUGGCCCGCUCUGGUCUACCGCUCCUUGGUAGAUAAAGUGGGUUUGGGAUCAUUGGUGCCUGUGGAGUAUUUUGGAAACAAGAAUUUUGAUUUUCUACCUGAUAACAAAACUGUUCAAAGGUUUGAGGUGGACAAAGACAUAAGACACCCUUUGCUGUUGGAGCAGCCUUCACUCCAGGCUGCCAUCAACAGCUGGCGUACAGACUUCGAGCUGCAGGAGAUCUUCAGGAAGGGUUCGUACACUAUUCAAGGACGCCGGGUUCGCGUGUACCAGCCAGAGUUUGAGGAAUGCUGGGCUUCAGGGCUGGUCUCACAGCAUGAUCCCAUCUCUCACAUUAUGGAGAUUACCAUAGAUAAGGGUGAAAAUCAAACUGUUGAUCCUCGUGUGAUACAUGUCAUGCUAGCAGAGGAGCUUGGUAAGAAUGGCCGGCGAAGGAAGGACAGUGAAACAACGAAGGGCGACAGUGGACGCAGACGCCGGACUGCCUCCGAAGGCGAUGACGACUUGAACUUGAAACGUUUUAAAGGAGCAGGAGAGGCGGCAGCUGACGGGAAAAACGGUGGCGAUUCCAACAAAAUGCCGGCCGAAGGAACGGGGAUCUGGGGAGGAGACUCCGCCGAAAGGGUCAGCAGCACGACCAAAAACGGAAGUGCUUCGUCCCCCAAUGCUGUCGCGUCGCUCCAGAUGGACCAAUCCAACGCCGCGCCGCGUCCCCCGUCCCACGUCAAAGAAAACGGGCGCCCCCUCCCCACGCAAGGCGCAGCGGAUUCCACCACCGCGGUGUCUCACAACCCCACCCCUCCCCCACUCAAGCCAGCCCCCUCUCCCUUUUCCACCACGUCUUUCCCUUCCCUGGGCCAGAUGCCGAGCCUGGUCCCCGGAGCGCCGCCCCCCAAGGCCUCCAAAUCCCCCCAGCCAGACCGAGAGGAGGCCUCCCAAUCCGCUUAUUCCAAAACUGCUGCUCUUGUUUCCCCGGGGCCUGUCACCAUUUCCUGGUCGCAGGACAGCGGCCCCAGUGUGGCCCUUUCGGCGUCCGUGGGUUUUAGCCCUAAAGUCCCCACCUGGGGAAGUCAGACCGAGGGCUCCAAAACUGCAUCCAGCUUCGGUUUGCCCAAGACCGUGCCGACUGCUUCCGUAUUUGGAGAUGUUACCUCUCAGACCAACGGAGCGCCUGCCGCUACGACCGCCUCCCAAGACACUUCCAGGCCGUUCGGCUUUGGCUUUGGCGGGGCGAAGAACGAGACUCAAUCGCAACAAGACCAAAACUUGUUUUUCCAGUGCAUGACCCAGAAUUCGGGACCCAGCCCGAGCCUGGCCGCCGGUCCGACGCAGUCCAAGGACACCAAUUACUUCACCGCCGUUUCUGAAAGCUUGAGCAAGGAGCCCCCGAGCCUUUUCAAGCCGGCAACCUCCGCCGAAGGGCUGAAAAAGCCUGAGCAGCCCAAAGUGCCUGAGACCCAUCCGUCUGGAAAUGGUGUGCUCAACAAAUCGUCAUUGGCCUUCCAGGGUGCGGGUGGCGGCUCUGCGGGAGGAAGAGCUUCUAGUCUAAAUAUUGGUGGCCCGUCUGGGGCUGCUGGAACUCCUCUAAGUACUUCCAAGAAGAGCAGUAAUAAUGGGACUUCUGUGGGGGGCUUAGGGCUGCAAUCUGGUUUUAACACUUCAGAUAGCCACCAGAACCUUUUCCUGCAGGCCCCCAAAGAGCCUGCUAAUCCAUUUUUGGCAUAUGGGGAGAAAACCUCCCACGCUUCCUUUGCCGGCCUCACAGGGGCCGAGCCACAGACCGGCGGUCCUUCCUCAGAAGGCAAGCCGAACCUUUUCACUAUGGCGGAGCCACCUAAGGGGUUUCUGGCUUCCUCUUUCCCAGUAAUCCCAGCAGCUGCUUCACCAAGCUCUUCCUCCUCUCCAGCACUGACGUCAUCACAGAGGUCACAAAGUGAAGGGACUGCGGUAAAGGAGGAGUUCGAGGUUGGGGAGAGUCCCACAUCCACGUCAGGCUGCCCCAUGUUUGUAAGCACCGGCCCUGGUGGAGUGGAGGAGGCGCCUGUGUCCUUUGACCAGAGCCUGUCUCAGAAGUUUAGCCUUGAGGAAAGAGGUCAGUUGUCAAAACGUGACUCCGACUCCAGCAGCAACAGCGACCUCUCGGACCUGAGUGAGAAUGAGGAGGUCCCCGAGAAAGGCCAAGUCCCAGGAGGACCACUUCACCCUGCCAAGGAUGGGGCAAUGUUGCAGAAAACAAAAAUCCAAGGAGCCGCUAAAAGCCGUCCUCGUAACAAGCCUUUCAAAGUGAGCCAGUCCGUACUUAAAGACCAGAACAAGGUGCGUCGUCUGAAGCAGUCCGGUGAGUCCUUCCUCCAGGACGGCUCCUGCAUCAAUGUGGCCCCUCACUUGCACAAGUGCCGCGAGUGCCGCCUGGAGCGCUACCGUAAAUAUCGUACUACAGGCGAAGACAGCGACGACGAUCACGACCCAAAUGUGUCCUGUCGGUUCUUCCACUUCAGAAGGUUGGCUUUCACUCGUAAAGGUAUACUGCGCGUGGAGGGCUUCCUGAGUCCUCAGCAGAGCGAUUCCAUGGCAAUGGGUCUGUGGCUACCUGCGCCAGCUGUGCAAGAGGGCCUUGACCUUGACACAUCCAAGUACAUCCUGGCCAAUGUGGGAGACCAGUUCUGCCAGUUGGUCAUGUCUGAAAAGGAGGCCAUGAUGAUGGUGGAACCUCACCAGAAAGUGGCGUGGAAACGUGCCGUGCGAGGUGUCAGGGAAAUGUGCGAUGUGUGCGAGACCACCUUGUUUAACAUUCACUGGGUGUGUCGCAAGUGUGGCUUCGGUGUUUGUCUGGACUGCUACCGCCUCCGCAGGAACCGGCCCAGGGAGGAUGUAGAUGAAGGUCCAGAUGAUGAAGUUUUCUCUUGGUUGAAGUGUGCCAAAGGUCAACCCCAUGAGCCACAGAACCUCAUGCCUACUCAGAUUAUACCUGGGACAGCGCUUUACAACAUAGGUGACAUGGUGCACUCAGCCAGAGGCAAAUGGGGCAUCAAGGCCAAUUGUCCCUGUACCAGUCGACACACUAAACCUCUAGUACGCCCGAGUGCCCCCAAUGGCAUUUCACAGCAGUCUACUGCAACAAGUAGUAGUGGAAUCCUGGCAGGUGCGGCUCCUGGUAUUGGCACCAAUCCCAAAUCAGAGGGAGAAACAUCAGCCAUUAAAACAGAAAGUACGCAAAUAGCAGCACCAUCAGACAGCGGGGGAGGAGAAAGUGUGUGCAGUGUCAGUAACUCAGCCAGUGGUACGUCCUCCCCCUGCAACCUCACCCAGUCCUCUGCCAAGGAGUCCCGCUCACCAGGAGAGGGCAACAGCUCGGCUCUGCACUGGCUGGCUGACUUGGCCACACAAAAAGCCAAGGACGACACCAAGGAAUCCGGUUCAUUUCGCUCCAUGAUGAGUCGAGACAGCAGGCCUCCCUUUGGCCUGGACUCCCUCAGUGCCCUUUCAAAGCCUUCUGCUUCCAGUCCCAAGCUAUUCAACAGUCUGCUGCUGGGCUCCAGCAUGGCUCAAUCCAAACCCGAGGGGUCCAGUCUCCGGGAUCUGCUCAACUCUGGGCCGGGCAAACUCCCCCAGGGGCCCGGAGAGAGUGGGGUGCCAUUCCCCUCUGUCUUUACCUCAGCAGGGAGUGACAAGCUGAAGAGCAGCCUCCCGAACUUCCUGGAUCACAUCAUCGCCUCAGUCGUGGAGACCAAGAAGGCCGAAGGCCGACGGACCGGGGCGCCUGAGGGCGGCGAGCUCGGCGUUUUGGGCGGCCGUAAAGACGGAGUGAUGGGCCUCAGUGUUCUGGAACCACAUACCUCACAUUCCUGGCUCUGUGACGGACGGCUCCUCUGCCUACAGGAUCCCAGCAACAGCAACAACUGGAAGAUCUUCAGAGAGUGCUGGAAGCAGGGACAACCCGUGUUGGUGUCCGGGAUACAUAAACGGCUGAAAAGUGAACUAUGGCGGCCGGAUGCCUUCAGUAGGGAGUUUGGGGACCAGGACGUAGACCUCGUCAACUGUAGAAACUGUGCGAUCAUCUCUGAUGUGAAGGUGCGAGACUUCUGGGACGGCUUCCAGGUGAUCUCUAAGCGACUACAAGAUGCCGAGGGCCAGCCCAUGGUGUUGAAGUUAAAGGAUUGGCCGCCAGGUGAAGACUUCCGGGACAUGAUGCCCACACGCUUUGACGAUCUGAUGGAUAACCUGCCGUUGCCCGAGUACACAAAAAGAGACGGUCGUUUGAACCUUGCUGCCCGUCUGCCCAACUUCUUUGUGCGUCCUGACCUUGGCCCGAAGAUGUACAACGCCUACGGCUUAACCUCGUCUGAAGACCGUAAAGUGGGAACCACCAAUCUCCACCUGGAUGUCUCUGAUGCUGUCAACGUCAUGGUCUACGUGGGUAUCCCUCUGAUAGAGGGAGACCCAGGGCAAGAGGCAGAUAUCAAUGGACGCAAAGAGGUCAUGACCACUAUAGAGGAGGGCGAUGUGGAUGAAAUGACAAAGCGACGUGUAUACGAGGCAAAGGAGAAACCUGGAGCUCUCUGGCACAUCUACGCUGCCAAGGAUGCUGAGAAGAUCAGAGAACUUCUCCGCAAGGUGGGAGAAGAGCAGGGUCAAGAGAACCCUCCGGACCACGACCCCAUACACGACCAGAGCUGGUACCUGGACCAGGUGCUGCGGCGCAGGCUCUAUGAGGAGUACGGCGUCCAGGGAUGGGCCAUCGUACAGUUCUUGGGAGAUGCUGUGUUUAUCCCUGCCGGAGCUCCACACCAGGUUCAUAACCUGUACAGCUGUAUCAAAGUGGCAGAGGACUUUGUGUCUCCUGAGCAUGUAAGACACUGCUUCAGACUGACCCAAGAGUUCAGACACCUGUCCACUACUCACACAAACCACGAAGACAAGCUGCAGGUGAAGAACAUCAUCUAUCAUGCAGUGAAGGACGCUGUUGGGACACUGAAGGCCCAUGAACCUAAACUAGCACGGCCAUAGUUCCUCACUUAAUGUAAUCCCCAAAUAACCAGCCGCUGACAACCACUCCAACGUACACACAGUAUACAUUAAAACCUGCAUACUAAAGUACAGGCUGCAGAGUACAGAGGUCGAGUGUAAGUUCCUUUGGGGCAGCGGAGGUCCGGGUUUUGGGGUAAAGAACAUUUCAUUUGGGGACGGGCUACUCUGCGCUUUGAUGAAGUCCUUGAUCGCUGUCACACAGUACGCUCAGACUUGUCUAGUUGUUUUCCAAUUAUACUUUUUUGGGAUUAAGUCUGUAUUUAAGGUCAGUGUGUUUGCUCUGUUUUCAUUGUAAAUGUAAGAUGUGAGAGUCAAGGAGGUAAAAGCUGACUUUCCUUUGGAGCAGAGGCUCGGCUUCCAUGUAAGUGACAUAAUGCGAGUUCUGGGCUAACUUUCCUAUUUUCAUGACGUUGAUAUUAUUUUUCUUAAAUAGGAGCAAGGUUGACCUGUGUUAAUAGAAUUCUUUUGUGGUUGGCGUUUUUAAACAGCUAAUUGCUUCUGCCCGCUGGGGCUGUAAUGAAUUUGUGAAGCAGCCAGAGAGGGAAAGCAGACCAAAGUUUUGUAUUUUGUUUUGUUUAUUUCACUUUUAGAGUAAGCAGUCCUUUCUUUUGUACACCACACGGCAAUGAUUAGGAGGACUUCAGAGAGGGCAGGUUUGAGUUUUUUUCCCUUUUUUCUUUCUUUGGUCACCUAUCUUUGUCUCAUGGCCUGAAUGGACUGCAGACUUCUAACAACAUUGUUCAAAAAUCACAAUUGCAGCUGAAUAGAACUACUGGCCAUUAACAUUGUAUCAAUAUAUGUAUAUUGAUCUUAGCAGUCUGUUUGUUUGAUUUUUCACAUUAAAGUUUACAAAAACUG